UCUCUCUCUCUCUCCACACGCACAAUUAGACUGCUACAAAGCCGUUGCUAAUACGCUUCAUGCACAAAAACCCUUUUUUCUGUUAUCACCCUCUGAUUACAUAUGCUAACCUCUAACGUAACCUAAUUUAUUUAUUAUUUUUUCAUGAUAAAGUAUCCCAUCUGCUUCAUUACAUUACAUCCAAGUCCUCAUGCUUAAACCAUGCAUUAAUUUCUUUUACGUGCACACUAAUGCAUUUCAUUGCUUGAAUAAAUUUUUUUUUUUUUUCUCAUUCCCACUUAAGUUGUCUUGGAUCUUCUGUAACCAGCUUUCAUGGCAAGUAAGAGGGAGCUCCUCUCACCGGUGAUCGUUAGCCGGGGCGUCAGGGACUCGUGUCCUUAUGCCGGGUCCCGGAGUUUCUCUGUGAGAGUCCGGCGUCGCUUGCCGGACUUCCUUAAUUCGGUUAACCCGAAAUAUGUGAAGCUUGGUUAUGGCUAUCUUAUAAGCCAUGGCAUUUAUUUUGUUAUUGCACCGGUUCUGUUAGUGAUAUUUUGUGCUGAAAUAGGGAAGCUGACAUGGGAAAGGUUUUGCUUGAAAUGUGACCUUACCGAUGCACUUUUCCUUGUGGGAUUGUUGGGUUUAAUUCUAUAUAUUUAUCUUGAUUUAAUGCCUCGGCCUAUUUAUUUGGUUGAUUUUGCUUGUUAUCGGCCUCCAAGUGAAUUUAAGAUCUCAAAGGAAAAAUUUAUUGAGUUGGCGAGAAAAUCAGGUAAAUAUGAUGAUGCAACGAUUGAAUUUCAUCAGAGCGUCAUCAAGAAUUCCGGCAUGGGAGACGAGACCUACUUGCCAAGAACAGUAUUCAAUCCUGCGUACAAGAAAACCCUAAAAGAUGGCCGAGAAGAGGCGGCAAUGGUGAUGUUUGGAGCAGUCGAUGACCUCCUUGCCGCCACCAGAAUCCAAGCAAAAGACAUCAAAAUCCUGAUUGUGAACUGUGGUGUUCUGAAUACCACUCCAUCACUCUCAGCAAUGGUGAUAAACCAUUACAAGCUCAGCCACAAGAUUCAUAGCUUCAACCUCGGUGGCAUGGGCUGUGCCGCCGGUCUCAUAGCCAUUGAUUUAGCAAGAGACCUUCUAAAUGCACAUCCGGCUUCAUAUGCACUGGUAGUGAGCACAGAAGUUGUGAACUUUGCAUGGUAUGGUGGAAAGGAUAUUGACAUGCUCCUUCCUAAUUGCUUCCUUCGGAUGGGGGCAGCAGCGGUGUUGCUCUCAAAUCACCACCUGGACUGGUGGGGCGCAAAGUUUGAACUCAAACAGCUGGUUCGCGUUCACAAAGGGAUGGACAACAGAAGCUUCAAAAGCAUACAUCUCAAAGAAGAUGCUGAGGGAAAACAAGGCAUCUCAGUGAACAAAGAUGUGAUUGAGGUGGGAGGCCAAGCUCUCAAGGCCAACAUAACCACCCUUGGCCUGCUCGUUCUCCCCAUUCCAGAACAAGUCCAUUUCUUCACCUCUUUGCUCUUCAAGAACAAGUCCAAGCCUUACAUUCCCAACCAUAAGCUAGCCUUCGAGCACAUUUGCAUACAGGCAACGAGCAGGACAGUGCUUGAUGAGAUACAGAAGAACUUAGAGCUUACCGAGGAGUACAUGGAAGCGUCAAGGAAAACUCUAGAGCGAUUUGGGAACACUUCGAGUAGCAGUGUUUGGUAUGAAUUGGCUUACUUGGAGGCGAACACAAGGCUGAACAGAGGUGACAGAGUUUGGCAAAUUGCUUUUGGUUCAGGUUUCAAGUGUAACAGUGCUGUUUGGAGGGCUCUUAGGAGUGUUGGGAGGCCUAAGAGGAAUCCAUGGAUUGAGGUUUCUACGUAGAGGGUUAAAGAUUGAAAAUUUUAAAGAUAAAAACAUAAAAUAAAUGUUUCUUUGUAAUUAUUUGGAAUAUGGUGUUCAAUGGAUGUGUUAG